CUUAAACCCUUGUUGGGUUCCCACGGGGCAAAUGGCUCCUUCCAACCCAGGAUUUCGCUCUCCUGCCUCCUGGGCUGUGUUUUUCCUGCUCCUGUGGACCUUUGGAGAAGGUGGGAAGCUUUUGGUGGUGCCCAUUGACGGCAGCCACUGGCUGAGCAUGCGGCCGGUCGUGGAGCGGCUCCGGCAGCGGGGACACCACGUCGUGGUGCUGGCACCGGAGACGAACCUCAGGAUCCGCCCCUCGGGGCUUUACACCCUGAAAACCUACCCUGUGUCAUACACCAGGGAGUACGUGGAGGCAGAAUUCCAGCAGAUGGGCCACAGGAGCUUCACCCCCCAGCCCUUCUUGGAGAAACUCGCCAGAAUAGCCAAUUUUACCACCAUGUUCUUCGACUCCUGCAGACGCCUCCUGGCCGACAGAGAGCUGAUCCGGUACCUCGAGGAGAGCGGAUUUGACGCCGUUUUCAUGGAUCCCUUCUUUCCCUGCGGGCAGAUAGUGGCUGAGCACCUCUCCCUGCCCUCCGUGUACUUCGUCCGGGGGCUGCCCUGCGGCCUCGACUGGCAGGCCACGCUCUGCCCGAGCCCUCCUUCCUACGUUCCCAGGUCCUUCACCCGCCUCACCGACCGCAUGAGCUUCCUCCAGCGCCUGGGCAACCUCGUGGCCAGCCUGAGCAGCUCCCUGGCGUGCUCUUUCCUUUAUUCUCCCUACGAUGCGUUGAUCAGGGAGUUCCUGCAGCGGGAGGCGACGGUGCCGGAGCUGCUGGGCCACGCGGCCCUUUGGCUCCUGAAAUACGACUUUGUGUUUGAGUUCCCCCGGCCCCUCAUGCCCAACAUGGUCCCGGUGGGGGGCAUCGGCUGCACCAGGGAAAACGAGCUGUCCCAGGAGUUCGAAGCCAUCGUGAACGCCUCUGGGGAACACGGCAUCGUCGUCUUCUCGCUGGGCUCCAUGGUGUCCGAGAUCCCCAUGAAGAAAGCCACGGAGAUCGCAGACGCCCUGGGGACGGUCCCUCAGACGGUGCUGUGGCGAUACACGGGCCCCACGCCCCCCAACCUGCCCAAGAACGUCAAGCUCGUCAAGUGGCUGCCGCAGAACGAUCUCCUGGCCCACCCCAAGACUCGAGCCUUCAUCACCCACGGGGGCUCCCACGGGGUCUACGAGGGCAUCUGCAACGCGGUGCCCAUGGUGCUGAUGCCCCUGUUCGGAGACCAGAUGGACAAUGCCAAGAGAGUGGAGUCCAGGGGGGCAGGGCUGACCCUGAACAUCCUGGAGAUGACCUCCCAGGACAUCUCCACUGCCCUGAAAGCCGUCAUCAAUGACAAAAAGUACAAGGAGAACAUCCAGCGCCUCUCCGACCUCCACCUGGACAGGCCCAUCCACCCCCUGGACCUGGCUGUGCACUGGGUGGAGUUCGUGAUGAGGCACAAAGGGGCCCCCCACCUCAGGCCCGCCGCCCACGACCUCAACUGGGUGCAGUACCACUCCCUGGACGUGCUGGCCUUCCUGCUGCUCGUGCUGCUCCUCUCCCUCUUCAUCUCCUUCAAGUGCUGCCUGUGCUGCUGCCGCCGCUGCUGCGGCAAGAAGGGAAGGACGAAGAAAGCCGCCAAAUCCAAGACCCACUAGGGGGGUGAAUCCGAGUCCCACCAGCAGGUGGGAGAUAAAUCCUCUGCUGUGGACCUCAAGGAUCAGAGAACAGCUCAGAUUUCACUGCAGUAGGCGCUGAUUUGCAGUCCAGCAAUAAUAGGGAUCCUUUGAAACUAGCAACACGAGAGGGGUUGUUGCACUGAGAUAAUUUUUUUGCCUUUAAUUAAGAAUCUGUUGUUUCGAAAUACCUUGUGGAGAAGUUGCCUUUCACGCUCAGGCACUUCAGGGCUCCUGGUUUCCACCUUUUGAUGUACAGAGGACUCACAGGGACUUCUUAUUUUCACCUCUCCGUGCAACGGGCAGCUCGGAUUUGCAGGGACUUUGGAAGUCUUCCAGGGUUUUAGGAGAGAACCAUCUCAUGUCAGGUUUAUCAGACACUCUGAGAUCUUUUGUGUAGUUGCUGUUGUAGAAGAGGUAAAUGUUAUGCACUGACCAUACACCUCGUGGAAACCAAGCUUCCAGCGGGG